GUUUUCAAGAUGCAAAAUUGUGUCGAAUAUUUACCUCGAAAGAGCUUCAAUGUUUACGACGUUGUUCUUCUUAAGUUAUUCGGGUUGUUUGCUGUCGUAGUUAUAAGCAUCUCGGGUUUUUUAGCCUUCGACACAUCAUUUCAUUGUUAUGACAAGACCAUUUCAAAGACGAAGGAGGCAUCUCUAAUAAAGGACAUCAACAUAAAAUGUUCCCUCGAGUAUCAAGAGAAAUUCCUCUUUAUCCUACCUAUGUAUGCUAUGUUCAUCUUAAACUUUGGCAUUGUCUUUGCUUUGAGUAUUAUCUAUGCAUACUUGGUGAAACAUCGUGUUGAGAAAUUUGAUUAUCCGACCAGAAUGACAACUUCCAAUAAUGAUGGCGAUGAAAAUCAAGAGAUGCUGCCUUCGCCAAAUCACGGCCAGAACCCGCGUGAUAUUCGUGAAUGUUUGGGUCGUUUUUCAACAUUUUCCAUUUAUGUCGUUUAUUUGCUUGUCGCUCGUAUAAUUCCAUUGUUGGUAUUUGCUCUGUGGAUACUUUACCCAGCUCAGUUUCCCAAGGAUUUCUCCUGUCCUUGGCCUCUUGAUAUGCAAGGAAAAGGAACAUCCAAUUUUAAUGUUACCCUCAAUUCACGAAAUAAUUUAACGAUUAUUGACUGUACAAAUCCCAUCGGCGGAAAAAGUAAAACUUUGGUUUAUAUCGUUGCAACAGUGGAUGUUUUUUUGGUGACAGUGACCUUUUUGGAACUUGGCUACCUCGCGUGGUUGACCUUAAAUGACAGGGAUUUUAUGACUGACCAAGAAUUCUGUACGGUGUACUUGUUGAGAAAGCGAAAAAGAAUUAGAAAAUUGGUGAACAAAGUUCGAGAGAGAUUCAAUCCUGACGAUGAAGAGGUCUUUCAAUUAAAGGAUGAUUUUGGCGGUCCUGAAAUUUCCAUGCGACCUCUUGAAGAUAUAUAUGUCAAUGUCGUCAUUCAAGAAGAGAGAGAACUCCUGAACGCUUACCCGAGGGAAUUUAAAAGGCAUGAAAUUUACCAAUGCCAUCUCAGAACCCCAAGGACAGUUACUAAGCUUACGAGCACAGCUGAUAUAUUUAAACCAACAAAAGACGGGGAGAAGCAGGCGUAUCCGCGAGCUAUCCUUGUUAUAGGACGACCAGGAAUUGGUAAGACCAUGCUAACAAGGAAGCUUUUACAUCAAUGGAAAAGACAAGAAGACGAGUUCUGGCAUGAAAAAAUUGUAAUCGUGCUUCAAUUUCGUGCAUUCUGCAAAGAAAACAACGUUACUCUUCGAGAAAUGUUGGCCUACGGUGAAGGAUUGUCACCACACGGCUUUAACGCUGUGUAUGAAACGACAUUGUCAAACCCAACCAAAACCGUGUUAAUUUUUGAUGGAUUAGAUGAGCUUAAUGUUGACGACGAGCUUUUGGGUGCAAGGACAAAGGCAAUUAAUGACCUAGGUGAAAAGAUGCCAGUGUUUAUAAUUUUUAAAAAAUUGUUGUGUGGUAAAUUGCUACCUGGUGUCACAGUAUUGACCACGUCACGACCAACGGCACAGCGUGUUUUUCAAAAGCUCAAAUUUGACAGAACAGUGGAAAUCUUGGGGUUUUUCGAAGAGCAAAUUAAAGAAUAUGUUUUCAAAUUUUGUGAGAAAAGUGCUACCGCUAAACUGAUUUGGAAUGAAAUUCAAGGAUCACCCGAAAUGCGCAGCUUGUGUUAUAUACCUGUCAAUAGUUAUAUUAUUUGUUUAACAUUAAAGGAAAGCGUUGAUAAUGAUGUGGAAGAUGAGUUACAAUUUUACGAGGGUUUGAACAGCAAUAUUCUAGGAACUAUAACUCAACUCUACAAAAGAGCAGUAAAAGUCUUACUAUAUCGACACCAUCCAGAAUACAAAUUAAAACCAAGGCCGCCUGAUUACCUCAAAAGCCCUUUUCCCAAAGAACUGGAGAAUGAAUUGAUGAAGCUGAAGAAAAUUGCAGAAAAUGGAAUUAGCCAAGACAAGCUAAUUUUUGAGAAACCCACGGCUGAUGAAUUUCGAACCCUGGCCAAUAGUGGCUUCUUUUAUCAAUUACCACACAAAGAACGGAACUUGUUUUGCUUUCUACAUUUAACACUGCAGGAGUUUCUUGCGGCAUCAAAGGUAGUUGAUGAUAUGGACAAAGUUGUGCAAUUUUUGGAUGAUCAUGUUAAAGAUCCCAAGUGGCAUUUGGUGAUACAAUUUGUAGCUGGUUUAGUUGGAGAUAAAAUUAGAGAAGAACCAAGAGAAUAUAAGAACCAAAAGGUCCUUGGUGAUAUUCAGAAAAGGUAUUAUAUUUUCUGUAUAGUAAACAGUAUAUAUUAGUUCACUGAAAUCUGAACGAAAACCGAGUCAGAUUUUUAGUCUUCGCCGACUUGUUCUAGUCUGAUGCAAAGCUAAAAACCGCGAGGUGGCUGUUAUAUGCGCCCUUAGAAAGCCUUGCACUCGAUCAUGUUGAGCUGUGUUCUUCGCAAUUUAGCUUAGCUCUCAGCUGCAAGUAUAGCCUGCGUAGCAGGCGUUUAGUGCGGGCGGGAGAGUGCAAGGCGUCAUCGAGGGAACGCCUUCCCAAAUGGCUAACUAAUGUGUUUUCGUCUGUUAAGGGUGAUUGACAUUUUGUAAUUAGGAUUUUCACCGGUUCAUCCAUUAUCCAAUCAUAGUCGAAAUUUAUUUUUAGCAUCAUGCAUGUUUUUUGCUCGGCAACUAGGGAGAUUGAGCAUGUGCUAAAACCUGGACGACGAUGGACUGGACGAUGGACGAUGGACGUCCAUCGUCCAGGUUUUAGCACAUGAAAUACAAUCAAAAUGAAGAGAAAAGUGAGAUGAAUAUACUGGUAUACGGCCGAAAAGAGAAAACCAACGAUACCAAAGUUAUAUCAAACGUACUGCAUUUUUAAUUAUAGUUUAAUAAUUUUGAGCGAUUUGUCAACAAACAAUUUCGCUUGACUUUCAAACAGUGGCGCCCAAAUUACUUUGAAUUUGUACUUGAGUAAAAGUAGAAGUAAUUAACAAUAAAACGACUUGAGUAAGAGUAAAAAGCACUGGAGGCAAAAGGUACUGAAGUAAAAAGUACAAAGUAUCCAUAAAAAAUACUUGAAGUGAAAAGUAAAAGUAAAAUUACUAUUGUCUGUAGCGUGUAAGAGACUUCUCCAAUAAAUUUACAUACAAAAGACACCAAACAGAAUACCAUCAUAUGCAUGCACCUAAUAUACAAUAUUUCACAGCAUGGUCUACUUUUUAGACCCAAAUGAAAAUAUAAGAAAUCCAUUAAAUAAAUAUUAAAUAAUGCGUAUAAGUAAGCCACAAACGAGAGAUCCCAGACGCAUCAGGAAUAAAUCACGUAAAAUUAAACAAAAGUUAAAAAGUAACGAAAUACUUCGCCACAAAAUGAAAAUAACGAAGUAAAACGUUACUUCUUAAAACAACUUCGUUCCAAGUAAAAGUACUCCAGAAAAAGUUUACUUUGUUACAUCAUAGUUAAUAUAAUGAGAGGGUUUGGAAGGCCGGGUCACGUGACAAAAUAACUUAUUGUUUUCGGUCACGUGGUACUUAUAGUGCAUGCUUUGAGGUGUUGACAUAUACGAUAGUAUAAUAGUUUAAGCCAAACAGAGCCUAAAAACAUUAAAUUUCAUUGAUUUUUCCACGAUGCCGGGAGCGAAUUGCUCCAUAACGGCUGUGAUACAUGUCGAAAUAGUGCUGGAGUUGGAAUUUUUCGGAUUCCUUCAGGAAAAGACUUAUUAUCAACGAAAACUCGUGAAGCGUGGAGCAACAUAAUUACAAAGGACCGCGUAGUGGAUGAUAAUUUGCGAAGGCAAAUCAGAAAAUGGGACGUUGUAUGUUUGCGAGAAGCACUUCAAGAAAGAGGAAUAUGAAAUGUACUUAUUUAGACAUUAUUCUUAAGACUUUAUAGUUUAAUAAUAAGAUUUUAUAGUGUAAGUCUCAGGCUUUUCACACUUUGUUUAUGUUAUGCUGUCCCCAGAGCCCAUCGUUGUGUGGUGCGAGAUUGGCUGAUUUUAUGGGUAAUUUUCUUCUGAUAAAUAGGAAUGUAUACCAAUUAGUUAACUUAAGAAUGACAUGAGUGUUCUUACUGUGUAUGUAUCUAUCUAUUUUCUGAAAAUUCAUAACUUAGAAGUUCAUUGUCAUCUAUCAAAAGUAGGUGGAGCAAAAAUUGCUGCAAUAGACAGUGUUAUUAAUUCCACAGUCAUAAUUCUAGAAAUGCACUGUAAUUCUCGAUGUAAUUUGUAUUAUGCUCAAAUCAUACAUUACACAAUGUAUGUUUAAUUAAGCCACAAUGCUCCUACUUUAUCCUUUUAACAUUUGUCUGAUGCCAUAUGAUUUUAAGAGAGAAUUUCUGUAAAGACUGGGUAAAAUUCAAAAAUUGUGGCACAAGUUCGAGAAAUCACCCAUCCUCAUUUUUUGUCCAAAGAUAGUCCACAGUGAACCAAUAAACGUGAUGGGUUUCUUUAGCCCGGGUUCCUUCUUCUUCUCGCGAAAAUUCACGCAAAAACUAUUUUGACCGCUAAAUGUUGCAAAUCAAGAUGGCGGACUGCUUUAUUUGAAGUGAAAAUAACUGUUUGUCGCUCGAUCGCCGUACGAAUUACGGUCAAAAAGCGCCCAGAUAUACACUAAUGAAGUGUUUACAAGUAAUUUAAUACAAAAAUAUUUGCAGUGCAUUUAUUACCGGCCUCCUGGGGAGCCGUCCAAAACAGGUCAUAUUUCAUGAACUAAAAAUGUUAAUUUAAGACAGUUUUUCUAAGUUGAAAUUCGAUCUGCGGUAUAGGUCAAUUCGACUCAAUAUUUUAGCUAUGACAGACAGAAGGGUUCUAUUCUAUUGGUAGUUUUCAUUGCCUUUGAGAUACUGACAGCAUUGCAAAAUUCAUUAAAAUCAUAACAAUGGCGCCCGAUAACCUGUGAUGAUCGAUAGGCGUAUUAAACCAAGACGUUGCAACAAACAUUGCUACUCACCUCAAAAUUGACUAAAAACGUCACCAAUAAGAAAAUAUCACGUACAGACACAUACACAUACACUGUAGCAAUAGGGCAUAUAUAUCUUAAAAGAUUCCAUUUUUCCUGGGAAGUAGACAUGACCAUAUUGACCGGCAUCUGUGCCAUCACAUCGGUUUGAACGGCAAUCGCCAUUAUUAUAUAGACAAUAUUCCAACGAGAUUAUCUAUAGUGCGAGUUGCGAGUUGCGAGCUGCGAGUUGCGAGUUGCGAGUUACGAGUAUAUUGUUAAUUUCUAAUAACAUCGGGUUUAAUUUUAACCCAGGGUUAACACUAACCUAGCUUUGAAGCACCGAACAAGGUGUUUACACCUGUGGUUUACACUAAAAAUUCAAAUUGAAAAUUGUAUGGCAUCCUGGCGGAUGUGAUUUUAGCUUUUCUCAAUUUGGCGCCAAUUUUCAGCUUUUGAAAUAAACAUUCAUUGCAUUUAUUUUUAUACUUACAAACUUGUAAAUAGCAAUCGUUUUGAUAUACUGAUGGUUUUUUCCCGUGUUUAGAUAAAGUUUAUGUAUGUAUAUGUAUGUCUAUGUAUAAAUUGUAUAAAAUAAAUUGUACUUCCGAUGAAAAGGACUUGAGUUUUAUAGGGUUCCCAGCGUUCAGUAUAUAUAAACAAACUGAGUCGAUGUCUGGUCAUACUUACUAAUAAAAUUAAAUAACCAUUUUAAGAUUAGAAAGCACAAAAUGGUCUGGAUAACUACUAGAUUUUAUUAAACACAGAAACGGCAAAUAUAAACUUGCACUUUUAUUUUCAAUAUAAUUAUUUUAAUUCUUGAACAUACGUAUCGAUGGAUCUAACAAAGUAAAAAAGCAAGUAAAGGCCGAUUUUUAUCUCGUCCGUAUCGUAGCAUUUUCUUUUGUGUCGAAGUCUUAGUUACAGGGACCUGAACUUCGAAGGUCAUUAUAUUUAUGAAACAAAAAACCCUUCGACUUUGCCUUCCAUGUCGUCCAUAUUAAUAUACUUUCAAAGCCUAAUUCAAAGCGAGGCUAGCGACUCGCAACUCGCAACUCGCAACUCGCAACUCGCAGCUCGCAACUCGCAACUCGCAGCUCGUAACUCGCAACUCGCAGCUCGCAAAAUAGCCGACUCCUAUUCCAACAGACGUCUAUCUUGACUAAAUGUUUAUUCAGAUUUGAACAAUCUUGGAAAUAUCCGCAUAAUAUUCAAACAUUUAGCCAUUCGUUGGAAUCAUUGCCGCGUAGGGUUUUCGCCCUCCAAUGUUUACCUUAUUCUGCGCCGUCAUGUUAAGACUGACACAGGUCAGUGGAAAUUUAUUAAUUAAUGUUGUUUAGAUGACAAUAAAAGAUGUAGAAGAUGCUUCUAUAUCCUGAUUAUUACUAUUACAUUAAUAAACUUUAAAUAUCACUUUCUAGGCAUAAAAACAACUUUUAUCAAAAAUUAAACCUUCUGUUUUCAACAACUUAGACCUAUAUAUUAUUGUACAAUGUCGAUAUAUACCUCCACAAACAUAGCUUUACAAGGUCAGUUUCCGCUUUUAAUCGAAUUAAAAUAAUUUAUAGGUUUCUACGCUUGGUUUUGUUCCCUUGGCCUUGACGAGUAAAAUUGUCUAGGCCUUUCGCCUUCAGCAGGGGCGUGGUAGCCACUGUUCACAGGCGGAGGGGAGGGGGGGGGGGAGGCUAACUGCUAAUUUUCCCACUGAUAUUCUGUGUAAACCCUCUGAGAAAACUUUAAGAAAAUGCCUGAAACUUUCCUACCAAACCUCAAAUUUUAGCAAGAUUUUCGAUUUUCCGAGUUCCGAUUGCGAAAUGUUCGACAAAUCUUUAACCCACCACGGGCACGACGCCCCCAUCUUUCUGUGCCCGGUGGAACGAUUUUACUCGUCAAGAAGAGAUCUUCAGCAGAGUAGCUUUGCACUAUUAUAGUGUCCGGUGGACGGGCUGUUAAUAAGAAAAUGUUAUUAUGUUACAGCGAGCAAUAUGUUUGCAUAUAUGUAGCGCUAACACAAAUUGUCUCUCAAAAGACGUGCAGUGUAGCGCAAAAAUUACCCGCGACAUGUGCAGCCAGUGCAGAACUCCUCGAUUUUUUCAAUGUAAGGCUGUUUGCGUUUGGCAGACACAUCUGUGGCGUCGAUUAUCAAAGAAUCACAGAUCUCUUUGAGGACGGAUAUGUUAAAUUUCUUUAACUGUGACCUUGAUAUGAUAUCACACAAAUUGUAUGUCUCAUACAUGAUUGGGUGCUGUGGCACCAAUUCGCGGGCAACUUCGUUGGUGAGCAGUUCAAUGUGGGCUUCCAUUGCUGCGUUUUCCAAAUCGUCAAAGUCUUCAUCAUCUUCAUCAUUGCCCUCCUCAGACAGCCUUUUUUUCGCUGCUAGGCGAGAGAAGAAGCUCGUUACCUGAGAACUUGUCAAAAAUUCUUCGCUGGUAAACAUUCUUUCUCCAUUUACAUUUCAUACUGUCAGCAUUGCACGAGCAACGGAAGAAGGAUCUGCUUUCUGACCAGUUUUUUCACCAAUUUGGAAUUUUCCUAUCAGAUAGUCCUUUUGUUUCUUUGAAAACCGAGCUUUCUUUGAUGAAGACAUCAGUGCCCAACCCAUUGCUAAGUCAGCUGCACAGUCGACUACAGGAGUCAUUUCUUUUCCUUCCGUUGCCCCUAUCUCUGGUAUCCAAACCGCCUGGCCCUCUAAAGCCUCCGCAUAGCUCAGAACCGCUUUAUCUAACUGAGUUUCACGUUCCAAAACUCUGCUAUGUUUUUCACAAUCUAAAUGCCUUUGCAAAGAGGAAUGCCGCAAGAAAGUUUGAUUGCAUCCUUCUUCGGGACCUUCACAUGGACCCUUUCCUCCCUGCGGAUCAGAAAAAUCCAAUCCUUUGACGGUGACGCCAUGUUGCAAGCCCAAUACUCUGGCGCUAGCUAUGAUUGGACCACAGUGAUAGCAGCCAGCGUUGUCUUGACGGUAGAAGACUGACUUCAGGCCAGGCAUGAUUGACUUGAGCUGCUUGAUAACAUCUGCCAUAACUGCAAGAACUGCGCAGUUAUCUUGACUGCAACUUGGUAAUAUGUGGACCAAUGUUAGCAUCUCCACGUCCCCAGUGACACCUUUUCUCGUUGCUACUGUUAUAUGCCAAGGAAUUCCACGUUUGCCAAACCAAUCUUUUUUACUCUCCCUGUAUUUUCUAGGCAAAUACUUCAUUGCCCAGUCUUGCACCAAUAGCACUGAAGACUCGUCUAGUUUUUCCAAAACGUCAGUCCGUGCAGCGUCCUGGUUAACUGAUCGAAGAAGGUGGGAUUUCCAAGCCAAGAUCGCGCUUUUUGCUUGCUUAACUCUAAACUGGAGCUCGUCUUUAACUGUGUCAGGUAGAAGAUUAGCUCUCUGUUCCACCAGGGCAGCUUCGAUGUCUUCGAUUGUAGAUGUAAGCAUAUUGCAGCGGUGACAAGUGCGGGAAUGUUCAUGAUCGCAGGUGACCUGGAAGGCUUUUUUCUUUGGAUCACUUAAAGCAAAUGGUCUACAGUGAUCAGCCACAGUAGAACAUGGAGACACGUGGACCUUAUAAUCGCUUUUAAGGUAACGCUUGCCUUCUCGUAGUCGCUUCGGCUUUUCUUUGGCCCAUCCCAUCCCCUGGCCUACGUCUCCAAGCGUCUCGGCAACACCACAAAGGUCAUCGAAUGCUUCAGCACCGGCAGAGCUAAUGUAAUCAAGCCCUUGAAGAGAUUUACGGGUGGAAGCUGCACAAACGUUCAAAAUUCGAAGCAAACUGCUGCGACUCAAGGGUUUAAAUCCCAAUUCUUCACCGUAAUUGAUAUACUGUGUCGCUAUUCGAGCUGGAACCAUCGUUCUUAUAACGUUGGGUACUUGUAUGGUCUCCUUGGUCGACAAUGUGAUUAUCUUUUCUCCAAAAGGCAAGUCCUGAGCGAUAUGCAAACUUGUAAUAAAGUCGAUAAAAUGGUCAAUUUGUGAGGUAGACACUCGUAGUCUAGAUGUGGUAGUAUUCUGUACUGGCGCCCCUCUACCCUGGAUCAAACAAUGACGUUUGGCUUCAGUAAACAUGUAUUUGGUGAUGUUCGGUAUCCAGUGCUGUAACCGUUUGAGUGGCAUUUUAUCCGCCAUAAUAUCGAUAGAAUUUGUCGUCGUGUCUCCCAGCAAUCAGCAGCAUUGUAGCAUUCCGCAAGGGCCAUCAUUAACGUUUCAUCGAGACCAUGGCAACCAGACAAAUCUUCGUAAGUUGGAUAAUUCCCCGCCAUUUUACUGGAUGAGCACACUGCCUCGAACAAUUGCAGUGCAUCAUUUGGUGCAAUAUCACUAACCACUGCCCUUACAGCCUGCCCAGUUUUACGAAUGUAAUAGCGCUUUGUUCUUUCGUUCGCAUCAUUCCACGGCACGCUCAUUCUUGAACGGAUCGGGCUGACGUCGCGGGAAUGCAAAUAUUGGUUAAGCGCACUAUGGGUUUUGCCGUCCUUCUGCUCUUGCGUGAUCAUAUCACCAGAACUGCUUUCACUGGAGGACUCACUGUUUGGUGGUAAAUAAAGGCUUCUAGAGGGGGUUGCUGGGCUACUGGUGUGUGGUUGAAGGGUAGAAUUUGUUUCAUCCUGCGAAUCAAGUUAUACUCGAUAUUAAACUGGUGUUUAAAAACAAGUUUGCUGCACAUACGUACAAGAACCCAAUGUGCCCGUGUUAUCAAUUUAUUUUAGUUCUUUAUUUGUGCAAAGACAUGACUAACUGGUGGUUUGAAAAUGUAGAAGGCGCUUUAUUUUAGAAUUUUAUACAACAUGUUCCCAGGGCGUAUUACGAAAGAGCCGGGGAACGAGGUUGAGAUCUAAAAUUAUGCUGGGUGUGUGCAUUCUUGUCCGCAGAGCUUUUUUCUCACUCGGUUCCUCGUGGAAAAUAAGGCUAUGGAAUUGAUGGCCAAAAAAUAUCUGAUUGGCUAUUAUUAUAACCGUGCUAAUCAGUGAAAUGUACAACUUUUCAUUUUAGUGAGCAAUUUAGCACAAAACAAGUCAGUAACUCUGUAAUAUUUUUUGAAUACUUCAUUUAGUACCCCUAGAUCUAGAACUUGUUCAUUUGGAGGCAUGCGCAAUGUAAAGGAGACAAUUUUGAAAUGUGUAAAAAACUAUAAAUUUAUCAAAUUAUCUCAUAGAUUUGUGUUAGUAUAAGUACUUUGGCAUUUUCAGGUCAAUCUAACACUGAAAACAAACAAAAAAUUUAACCUCGAAAAAAGAGAGAGCGGUGUGUGCAAGCCUCAUUUUGAACGGCUUGUGCAAACAUGAAUGAGGGGUUUAAAAUAAAAUCCAAUUUGAAUUAACGGCUAAAUUUAUAGUUUUCUAGACAUUACAAUUUGUCUACUUUUUUGGCAAACCCUGUAGUGCAGAAAAUGUGCACUUCCAGAAUGAGCAGUCGCGCGAGGCCGCAAGGUCUGCGGGCGAGGAUGGGGGUGUGCGCGGCAUAAUAAAAGGCAUAACGAGUAUGUACCUUGUAUGUCAUCGCUAAAACGCGUAUGAUUGCACCUUGUAUGUCAUCGCUAAGACGCGAACGAUCUCGCUAACAUACUCGCUAGUUUUAUGAUCUCGUGCACACUUGCUGCAUUAUAAACCUCUAGAAAAAUAUAAAAAGUGCAGGCUAGAUAUGACUUUGUGAUAAAGGCAUUACAGGACAUUGCCCAUGUUGUUGUGUAUUUACUGACCAAUGAAAUAUUUCCAAUUGCCAUGGUGAUGGUUGCUAUGCCUUCAGUCUCUUCAUACUUCGUUGAUGGGGUUCCAGCAAUGGGAGAUGAUUCAGCCAUUAUAGUAAGUCUGCAACUACAGCAUAUUCCUGACAAGAGAGAAACGUUUAUGUAAUCUUAAAUUUUAAGACUUUUGGUUAAUGAGUCGCAGAACUAGUCCUGAACAGAGGGAUUACUUAGCCCUACAAUUUCAUUGCACCAAAAUUUUAUAUUAUUUUGGCGUGAAAGUGCGUAAAGUUCCCAUCGUCACUGCAGGGAAGCCUGUGCUGGUUUGAUUAACUGGAUAGACAGAGUGCGUAUCUAUGUUUAUAUCACAUUUGUGUCGGUUUUCUUUGAUCGUCCGAGGUUUAUAACUAUAGCUAAUCUACCUUGAAUAAAUAAUUAGAUCAAACUUUUCGACAAAACGCGAGAAUUUUUCAUCGAAAAUUUUUGAAAAUGACAAAAUAUGUUAGAAAACCUCCACAACUGUGAUAUAAGUUAGUUAUAAACCUCGAAAGUCGGUUUAUAACUGAUAUUUUGCCCUCGGACGCUGCGCGUCCUCGGGGGCAAUAUAUUAGUUAUUAACCUCCUUCUCGGUUUAUAACUCUAACUUGCUGGUGAUUAUAUUACGUUUACAACAUACCUGAACCAGCAGGGAUGAAUAUUCCUGUCCGACGCAAUAUUGUUUUCGACAAUGAUUUAUUGAUCCCACGAUCUGCCUUACGAGUUGAUCUUCCAGGCUGCUUAGGACUAGCCAGAUCUCCUGGAACUCGGCAGCGUUGGGAACCUCUACGACAUCCGAUACCCAACGAAGAUCGAUGUGACGGGCAGAUUGUCAUUUUCUUUAGAUCAGGCGGACAAGUGAAAAUCGAUGCACUCGCCAGAAUUAAAUUGACUUCAGAAUCAACAUCGUUGAUUCCCAUCCCUCUAAUAUGACCUGUAAUGUCUUUAGUGCAUGAUGUGAGUGGAACAGUGGUUGAAUCUUCAACUGGGUCUCUGCUCCGUUUGUCAGGACCACAGGAGCCACCAACAAGUCGCUGGAACGAACAAUUCAUCGCCUAAAGUUUUCAGUUUCGCUCUCUCUCUCUCUCUUUGGUUUGCCAAAUGCCAAUAGACUUUAACUCUCACGAGCAAGUGUCAAGGCCAAGCUGAUAACAACGGAAUCUUAUGCGACGCCGAUUAAGUGCUCGCGGCACGCGUUGACAGUAUAUCAAUUUUCCGCGAUUUUGUUUGAAAUUUUAGGCAUACUUCGAAACCCGGACCGGACUCGGACUCGGACCCGGACUCGGACUCGAAGAAAAUCCGGACUCGAGAAAAACCCGGACCCGGACUCGAAGAAAAUCCGGACUCGUGUUUAACAAAACCCGGACUUGACUUUUGAAAACCCGGACUCGAAAUAAGGCAAAACCGGAUUCAAAUCAAGGACUCUGUGUACGAAAAUGCAAAGGUUUUUUGGAAAGGUUUAAUAAUUAGUAACAUGAUAAACGAUGAUCUCUUUAUAUCUUUAUCUCGAUAUUUUUAAUCUUCUGCUGUUAACAAAAUAAUCACUUAGAUAUACUGGAACCAAAUCAUUUAGGCACUUAUAAGUUAUUAAAAACUAAAAUGUAUUGAUGCACAACGAUCUACAAUUAGUAGCUAGUACGAGGGUAGCAUGUUGAUUGUUGAUUCUCAAUAAUAACUUGAUUUAUUGUCAAACUUCAUUGUCAGUAUCGAGCCGCGGUUGUAUGCACGGCAUAUGGGGCAAUUGAUGAACGCAUUGCCUAACGAGAGAGUCUCAAUAUCAAAUUUACGCCAACCAUCCAACGCGAAUUUCACUGUCGGCCGCGGGUGCAGGCUUGCAGCUGUUGCUUUCAUUGUGAUGUGUUUUCUACUACUUUCGGAUAAAGAAUAAUUGCAGGUGUUCAAUUCGUGUUUAUGGACUUUAUAUUAACGAAAUAGAGAAAAUAAACGUGUUUCCAGUAGCGUCUUGUCCAACUAUUUGAGAGCAUGUUAUAAUAUCAAAUUUAUGUCCAUCCGCACAACAACGCUCGAAUUACUUCACAGUCGGUAUUUAGGCGCGGUUGCGGCGAUACCUUCAUUGCCUUCAACAUGAGAUGUACUUUUCCGGCGUUCUUUUCGAUUGGUUGAAGUUAUACUUUUGAUUGGUUGAAGUCUAGUUAUUUUUCGUGUCAUUUUGCCGAUAGUGAGGUCGAAUAUGUUGAGGAUAUAUUUUACCCUUGCCGCCAUCGAUCACGUUGAGUCUGCUAUGCUGAGUCAGAUUUUAGUUAUUAAUUUAUGUCUUGGGUAGAUCAUAGUUAAUAUAAUGACUAUGUAGAUUUAGCUACUCGCAGGAGUAUGUAUUUUACAAAUAUGUUGGGUAUGGUCAGCGUGGUAAAUAAAUUUUUAAAUUAAGUAAGUAAGCAAGUAUGUAUAAGGCUAAAUGAUUUGUUUAGGUAGGCUAUAUAGUGAUUGUUUUGUGAGGAACCAUAUAGUAUGAUAACUGAUUAGUAUCCUCAGAUAACGCAUAACACUGAGUCACUAGUAGAAGAAAAAAAUAUCUAUAUCUUUCGAAACAAAAGCUUAUUGCUUUUGAAAUAAAGUAUUUUAUUAUAUACAAAAGCGAGAAGAGAAAGGGCACCCGCGCAAGAGCACAAAUCCAUUUAUCCGCGAGUUAUUAGCGAUAAACCUUUGCAUUCUCGUGCACAGAGUCCUUGUUUUGAAUCCGGUUUUGUCUAUUUCGAGUCCGGGUUUUCAGCAGUCAAGUCCGGGUUUUGUUAAACACGAGUCCGGAUUUUCUUCGAGUCCGGGUCCGGGUUUUUCUCGAGUCCGGAUUUUCUUCGAGUCCGAGUCCGGGUCCGAGUCCGAGUCCGGUCCGGGUUUCGAAGUAUGCCGAAAUUUUAUCGCAUUGAUUUUAGUAAAUUUUAAAUCAAACAGAAUUCUGAUGAUUUGUCAAAAAGCCGUUCCUAGACUAAGCAAUCUCAAACUCUUUUGCAGGUGAUAUUUUCCGCAAAAGUGAGUCUAGUUGUAAGUGACGUAAUCAGUAUUAUGCAAAAAUUUCCACUGACAUGUGUCAGUCUUAACAUGACGGCGCAGAAUAAGGUAAACAUUGGAGGGCGAAAAUCCUACGCGGCAAUGAUUCCAAUGAAUGGCAAAAUGUUUUAAUAUUAUGCAGAUAUUUCCAAGAUUGUUCAAAUCUGAAUAAACAUUUAGUCAAGAUAGACGUCUGUUGGAAUAUUGGGGGCGCAAAAAUGAAAAAGGGGCGCCGAAUUUUAAAAGUGGGUGGGAAAAAACCCAUUCUCGAAAAAAUAUGGUCACUUCCGCCAAGAAAAGACGUGUUUAUAGGCUACAGUAUAAAACAGACUAAGCGCAUUGGCGACAUAUAUUAAAUUACAGACUAUUUUGCCUAACCGUAUUUGCUACCUCACAGCUCACACGAAAUCGUUCAUAUAGAAACAUGAUCAGUGAUCACAGGCAAUGUCUCAUUACCGGAAUAUUGGUCAGGUUUCGAUCGAAGCGAUCACGAGAAUUAUGCCCUUUUUUGCUGGUAUUAUGCCCUUAUAUUAUGCCCUUUAUUAUGCUUCACGAAUCACGAGAGCGCGCAAAUUAGAUAGUUGAAGUUAUGAUAAUUGAUGUAAAGUUGUGUACGCAAUUUAGUUGUUUGCACAAGAAGCAUGGGUAAGGUAAGUAAUGAAAUAAUGCUGAAACAUGCCCUUUUGGCAGCCAGGCAAAGAAACCUUAGAAUGCAUGUGCGUGGGGUGCCCGUGUUAUUGUAUAAAAGAGCUUUAAGUUGUAAAUGUGCUCAGAACAGUAGAUCAGUAGAGCACAGAAUUGGGAUUCGAUUAAUCGCUGGAAGUAGUUAGCAUUGCAUAAUUUAAGUACCACUACCAAAUUCUAACCAUAUUGCAAAUUUCGACACGUUAUAAUGCCGUUUCCUGACCAUCAGAUUUCUGUCAAAUCUUCCCCCAAAGUCCAGGAAAUGGCAUUUCAGAGACUCUAAAUUCAAAAAUGUUCCUGCGGGGCAUGCCUCCGGACCCCCCUAGACAAACCUCGCACCUGCGGCACUCGGCUCGUGCCUUCGGCCCUCGUUUAUCAAGUGUAACAUUAUAGGGGCGCAUAUUGGCUGACAGCCCACUGGCCCCUCCAGAAAAAUAGUACCCAGCACGCCACUGAGUUUUGAGUAACAGAUACCGGUGUCCCAGUUGAUUUGGACCCCCGUAGAUUUGGACCCCCGGUCCAUAUCCACUAGUAGAUAUGGACCCCCCGGUCCAAAUCUCCUAGCAGAUAUGGACCCCCGGGGGUCCAAAUCUACUAGUAAAUACGGACCCCCGUUGGCGGAUUUGGACCCCCUUCAAAAGUUAAAUAUAUGUAAUGUGAACACAAUAAUAUAAACCAAAUUAAUAAUAGCGAUCAAUCUGAAGUAUUUUAUCAUAGGAAAAUAGAAUACAGUGUGACUAAAAUCUAUGUAUAGUAUUUGCCAAUAACGAAUCACUGUUUAACAAAAGCGAUAGAAAUGGCAUUUGGAUCGACACGAAACACGAUUUUCAUGAAUGUUUUUGAAUCUAAACUCAUCUAAAUGGAAGCCUGUGACCAUCCACCAAUGAUUUUUAACAAAAACCAUAUAAAUAGCAUAUUAGAGCAACGCCAUCCAUGAAUAUUUUUAAACAAUAAGUGAUGUUUGUGAGUCUUUGCUAAUGGGCUUUUUAACAAAAGCCAUAGAAAUAGCAUAUUAGAGCAACGCGAUUCCAUGAAUAUUUUUAAACAAUAAGUGAUGACUUAUCAGUUGCCUUGCAGCUAUAUAAAUGUUUUAGUGUCAUUCGUGAUUUCAAUGCGAAUAGAACUAUAAUCUCUGUUUAACGCAAAAUGGCUGAUUUGACUGCGUACGAAGAAGUAUUUCAUUAUCUUCGCGACAACGAGUACCCCAAUUCUUACAACAAAGACCAGAAGAGGAACACCGUUAUUGGGGUUGUUUUUAGUAUAUAAAAGUGUUUAAAAAGCGGGGGUCCAUAUCCGCUAAAGGGGGUCCAUAUCUACUAGGAGAUUUGGACCGGGGGGUCCAUAUCUACUAGGAGAUUUGGACCGGGGGGUCCAAAUCUACUGGGGGGUCCAAAUCCGCUGUGACACCGGUCAAUAUGGUCAUGUCUACUUCCCAGGAAAAAUGGAAUCUUUUAAGAUAUAUAUGCCCUAUUGCUACAGUGUAUGUGUAUGUGUCUGUACGUGAUAUUUUCUUGUUGGUGACGUUUUUAGUCAAUUUUGAGGUGAGUAGCAAUGUUUGUUGCAACGUCUUGGUUUAAUACGGCUAUCGAUCAUCACAGGUUAUCUGGCGCCAUUGUUAUGAUUUUAAUGAACUUUGCAUUGCUGUAUCUCAAAGGCAAUGAAAAGUACCAAACUAUUUUUUGUUCAGGAGUUAAAUAUAACCCUUCCGUCUGUCAUAGCUAAAUUAUUGAGUCGAAUUGACCUAUACCGCAGAUCGAAUUUCAACUUAGAAAAACUGUCCUAAAUUAACAUUUUUAGUUCAUGAAAUAUGACCUGUUUUGGACGGCUCCCCAGGAAGCCGGUAAUACAUGCAUUGCAAAUAUUUUUGUAUUAAAUUACUUGUGAACACCUCAUUAGUGUAUAUCUGGGCGCUUUUUGACCGUAAUUCGUACGGCGAUCGAGCGACAAACAGUUAUUUUCACUUCAAAUAAAGCAGUCCGCCAUCUUGAUUUGCAACAUUUAGCGGUCAAAAUAGUUUUUGCGUGAAUUUUCGCGAGAAGAAGAAGGAAACCGGGCUAAAGAAACCCAUCACGUUUAUUGGUUCACUGUGGACUAUCUUUGGACAAAACAUGAGGAUGGGUGAUUUCUCGAACUUAUGCCGCACUUCACCCACUCCUUGCUGACAUCUGCUCAAAAAUCUGCUCAGUCAAAAAUCAAUCAAAAAUCAAUCUGCUCAAAAAUCAAUCUGCUCAGUUUUAACUCUUAAAGAGUUAAAACUCUUUAAGCUGCAAUGCUUAAUCUGCACUGCCCUUGAUGUGUAAAAUUGUCGGAUGACAGACACUGACACAGUACGUAAAAGAGCACAUUGAGAUAUGUUAGCCUAUUAUCUCCAAUUAGCUUAUUUAAACUGCAUGACUAAAUUUGGCUAAUGAGAGAAAGUAAUUUAAGUGUAUAUAUAUAUUUAUAUAUUGUUGUUAUUACUAUGUGUUGAUGAAAAGAUUGCACAUAAAAAUAUGAGGAUAAUUCAUUAAUACAGUAUCAUAUUUACAUUUAAUAUGAUAAUAUCAUUGAUAGAACGUUAUUGUACUAUGUACCUGACUAUUUCUUUUCUUCACCGGCAAUCUUCAAGCAGAGAUGGAUUGUCAUAUUUUUUGGGGGGGGGGGGGGGGGUGGCAACGCCCGGAAAGGCCAAGGAAAAAGUUUAACAAAGUUUGUUUUCUAGUCCUGCAUGGUGAGAUCUCAUCACCUGAGACCAUAAUUUGGUAAUUUUACAAAUUUAGUAAGAAUAAUAAAAUAUGAAAUUAUCAAAUCAAAAUAUAUAUAAUUUGCAGGAGUGCAAAAACUUGGGGGCAGUGCCAAAUGCCUCUGGGGGAGUGCAAAUUAUUACUGGGGAGGGGGGCGCACCCCCAGAAAAUCUGUGCCUGUCUUCAAGUCUUUUCAUAAAGCUUUCUUUUUCUGUGUACCCUGACUUAGCUUAUAUCUAUUUACAAUAUCCUUAGCAAAGGAAAACAUCUUACAGUUACAUAUAAUUUGACUGAACAUUCUCUAAACAUAAAGAUUGACAUUCCAUUGAAGUUUCUACAUCACAGUUUUGAAUAAUGUUGCACCACAAGUUUGUCACAAGAGGAGAAGUUAGGACUUCAUUCACAAUUGUGUCUACUGGUAGACAGUGACCUUGUCUUUAUUUGAUGUGUGUUUUUUAAAUAUUAACUCUGACACCUCUGCAAUGCUUACAAUCCAUGAGUGUGGUGACCAAAGUCCACCCCUCAACAAGGAUGAAAUGUAUUCAUUGGCCUCUGUGUCCUGUCGCAUUGAUGACAUCGAGGCUUGGAUUUCUUUGUUCCGGGAAGAAUUGCUCCUAUAACAGUUCUUGCUUUUCUGGUAUAAAGAUCUUAAUAUCACAUGGCCAGUCAAAUAUGGUAAUGGUCCAAGCUCCUGAGGUGACAAAGAUAAUUCUUCCUAAAAUUCAAACAAGAAUCUAUGAUUAAAUAUUCUAAUUACAUUUGUUUGGCUCUGAGAGUGAAACAGCCCUUUGGUGGCACAGAAAUGUUAUCUUUAUCCAAGAUGCUUCCCUUGACAAGUAAAAUCGCCUGGCGUUAAACAGAGUAAAUACUAAAGUAGGGCAUACAGUUAUAGUCUGUUAUACAGUUUUUCGUCAACCAGCUGAACCAAGUGUGGACCUAUACCACGUAUUAAUUCGGCAACUUUUUCUACUAAUAUCACUGUUUGAAAUGUAGAAGAUCCCUCACCAAAUUCUGCAACAUGUUUCAUACUGCGUCGGUGUCUUGUCAGGCCACCUUUGGCUUUGCAAACUUUCUCACAGAAACUGCAACUCUGCAAGGAAACUGUUUCUUUCCUUCAACCUAGAGACUAUGUAUUGUAAGGGAAAAUAUUCAUUAGGUAAAUAUCUAUGUUUACAGUAAUAUAUGUAUAAAAAUUAUCGUCUAAAUUUUAUAUUUCAUACCUCUUCAAGCGCUUGUUGAACUUCAAUCUGAACUUCAUCCACCUCGAGAAACGCAGUUGUUUACUCGAAAUCGUCCUCAAAAGGUGAACAAGAGCUUUCUAAACGCUCAGUAUCAAUUUCCUCAUCUAUUUCCAUGUUUCUAAACCUAAAACGUGCGUUUUCAACGACCUUUUCGAACGGCUUUAGCAGUGUGACUUCGCUUCACUUGAAAUACGAUAGCUCGCAAGCUCCUGGCACCCUUUGGUAUACUAUGGCCACUAUUUGUUGCAUAUUAGUUUCUCAUCCGGGGCUUCACAUACAGUUGAUGCGGGCGGGCGGGCCAUUAGUCUCCCUCGCAGACGUUCUUAUAGCUCUAACCCUCGCUAACUAACGUCUGCUGAAACGAGCUGCACAUUCCAUUCCCUCCGAUGUCCGACGUCCAUCAUCCAUGGACGUCCAUCGUCCAUGGACGUCUAUCGUCCACCGUCCAGGUUUUUGCACAUGCCGGGAGAUUGGCCGUUUUUAUACUAGAGACGCAUUAUGCGUCUGGACGAACUUGGGCAAGCAUUUGUUGUUCGUCUGGUUAUGCGUCCUCAGUAUAAAGACGGGCACAAGACGCAUUAUGCGUCUAGACGAACUAUGUUCGAUUUUUCUUCUUAAGAGACGCACAACCGAUGAUAGUUCACCUAGACGCACAAUGCGUCUUGUGCCCAUCUUUAUACUGAGCACGCAUAACCGUCUGAACAAUAAAUGCUGAUAGUUUGUCGGAUUAUUCGUCCCGCCUUUAUACUAGACGAGUAAUAUAGAAGACGGAUUAUGCGUCCAGACGCAUAAUGCGUAUCUAGUAUAAAAACGGCCAUUUUAUGCUAUUUUAGACAACACUGAGCUUUUAUCCUUUAAAAGGCUCCUGAACUACGGUUGUUAAACGUAUUCUGCCGUAGCAAAUAACAGUUGAGCAUGUUUUGAAGUGUUAUUCUUAAAAUCAUCGUCCAACUUCAUAGCUCCAAUGCCAAUUGAUGUAGCCUUAUAGCUAUCUGGUCUAGGAGGACAGACUAUAAGAAAUAUUCGAUAUUCGAAUAACAAGUCAAAUAUAAGAAAUAUUCGAUCCCUAUUCGUGCUGGCAUAUAGCAAGCUUUGAUUUGGCGAUAUUAAAUGUAUAAUUAAUAUAGAUUAAACUUUUUCCGUAUCCCAUGAAUAGCGUAGGAAGAAUCGCGAUAACGUCUUCACCACGUAGCAAAUUAAUAAUAGACUUUCUCUGUUCUGAUUUCAACUGAAUUUCGAAACCUAAAAAACUUGAAAUAUCAGAAAGAAUUUCCUCCAAAGCAUUAACAGCCAUAUUUUUAUGGGAAUUUAUACGUCGGCAAAAUUAUUGUUGACAUUUGAGUUACGUAAUUCCGUCAACGAGAUUGACCAAUGAGAAUCAAAGCCGAAGUUUUUUCGGUCAAAAGCACAUUAGUCAGCCAUUUGGGCAGGCGUUUAUUUAACGACGCCCUCUCUUCUUCCGCCCGCAUUAAACGCUUGCUACGCAGGUUACUGCAAGUAAGGAUAAUAAGCACACCCCAUAUACUGACUUACUUCGCUGAAAUCAAUCCUGCUCUAAGUGCAGGGCUGGUUAAUGAGUAAAUAGCCUGGUUAACACCCGGCACUUUCAACUUGAUCAGUAGAAUUAUCGGGCGUUAAACAGAAUAAAGUGCGACUGAAAGUGCGACUGAUAAGGGUACAUUGAGGCCUUAAUGGGUUAGUGUGCAUGAAUGAGUACCGCAUAUUGAAAAUUGUGACAUGUUAUGAAGUUCACGAUUAAGUAUAAUGAAAUACACUAAAUAGGUCUGAUGUGAAAAUGUUGCUUAAUUAAAAGAAAUAAACUGUGGAGAUAAUUAUCACAAAUAUAUCAAAUUGAAGUUUAAUUAAAUCCCACAGAUUGUAAAUAUGCAACCCAUGCGCAUAAAAAUAAUGGUUUCCAUGGCAACAGCAUACCGUGUUUCACUCUGUAACAGUAUAACGGUUAUUCAGGAAGUUUAGUAAGUCAACAUACUUCCAGUGGCGUAACGCUCAUUGGUUAGGGUUAGUUCAAAAACUAAGGCCCCCGACAGUUCGGGGCCCCCAUCAUGCAGCCACGGCCUAUCGCCCAGAAAAUUAGUAAACGUAAAGAAUGCAGGAAAAUUAGUAAUGCUAAUUAAAAAAGCCUCCAUCGACAACGGUUGCUGAUUUUUUUAUUCCAUCUCAAAUAAAACAAAAGUUAUUCUUAUUAGUUGUUACAUGUGUUGGAGACUGUUAUUGUUAUGUUAUAGACACGGAAUUUUCCAGAACAUUCUAUAAAUAUUCAAUAUAAAUAUAAUAUCUCAGUCAAACAAUGACAAUAGUCAACAGGGGCCCCCACACCAAAUAUGCCUAAGGGACCCUCUUCCUACGUUACGCCACUGCAUACUUCACUCCUAAACUUUAUUUCGUUCAUUCUUCAGGUAUAUAACUUUAUCAUUUUAAAACAUGUUUUACCAGAAUGUUUACGACUUUUCGCUGAGCAGUGAACAUGCAUAUUAGACAAUAGAGCCAAUUAUAGGUUUGUUGGUUUAUACAUGUACUGUAGGGUUCCAGUUUCGCAUGUUUUCCCUCAUUUUCCAUUUGGUUUUGUAAAACCUAUGGCAUGAAGGUACCCCCCCCCCCUAAGAGAUACAAUAUUAUAAACGUUUUUGAUUUCAACAGGGGAGUGCGAGGCUGAAAACAAUGACCAAAUUCAAAGGCAAAACAAUAGAUUAAUAAUCUCCUGUAAUAUUCCUUCUAAUAUUCCCCCUAAUCAUCAUGCUUUUUCAUUUUUCUUUCCGAAACAAAAGUGAUUAGUGCAUGUUUCGGACCCAUUUUAUUAAAUGUCUUUCAUAACGAUUUUUUUCUAUUCUGUCUCCUAAAAUGCAACCUCGCCAAUGUGAAAAAUAAGUACGUUAUUUUGAGGCACUUCGGGGACAUGCGUUUAUUCACCUCAGCGCUUCGCGCCUCGGUGAGUAAACCACACAUCCAAAUUGUUUACUCACGCUACAACCACUGUCUAAAGGGACAAGUCUUCAGAACGAUUAUUAUAUAAUAACUACAGUGAAACACGCAAUUUCAUUGCUUUCGCCAGGGCUUUCUAAAAUAUCGGACCAGGAGCGGCUCCAAUGUUUUCCACGCAUGCACCGAUUCUCGUUCCUUAUUCUUUCUAUUAAUUUUAUAAUAUUAUUUCAAUAAUUAAGUAAUAUAUUUUUAACUAGAUAUACAAUACAAUACAAUACAAAUUAAUUUAUGUUAAAAAUAAAUGGUAUUUUAAGUUACCAAUUUUUUCGAAAUAAGUUGUUAAAGGCUCAGUGUCACUUGUUGAGUGAUGUUAUUUAAUUGCUAAAAUUUACUGAUUUUAUUUGAUUUUUUACACGACCAUGUGCGCAUGCUCAGCAGUUAAUUUUAGCAAUUAAAUACAUCGCUCAACAGGUGAGCCUUUAAUAAGCGUUUCCUUCAGGAAUCCUUUCCAUACAUGGUUAAAUUCACUAUAUCUCUUUUUAACGUUAUAUAGUUUCUUGUGAUAAAAUUAAAUUAUAAAUAGAAAAAAAAGAUAGAACGUUUUAAAAUUAUACCCACAGUAAUAUCGCUUUUCUAAUCUGUUUUAUAGACUUGAGGAAUGGACCUUUUUAUUGGGAACUGAAGAUGAUGACAUUGCUUUACUUGGCAUAAAGUGUUUGUAUGAAUUGCAAGAUAUUGACAUCAUGAAAUCAAUUUCCAGAAAAUAUUUGGCAGAAGGAGAUGGAGAGCUGGUUUUACAGGGCCUAAAUAUUGCAGCAGUUGAUUCUACAGCAUUGUUCACGUUUUUCGGUAAUAGCAAGAAUUUAAAACAACUUGCUUUUUUUCAAUGCACAAUACAGGACAACUGCAUCUACCAUUUCAAGUCGUUGUUGAACACUGCAGGUAACACUAUUACCUCUUUUAAGUGGAUUCUGGGACGUUUAGCAGAUAUAGCUGUUGAAUAUCUUGGCGAUGCUUUAAAAAGUAAAAAUUGUAAACUUACUGAAUUGGUUCUCGGUGGUAAUGAAAUAACAGAUCAAGGUGUUGAAUAUCUUCGUGAAGCUUUAAAAAGUGAAAAUUGUAAACUUACUAAAUUGUAUCUCGGUCGUAAUGAAAUAACAGAUCAAGGUGUUGAAUAUCUUAGUGAAGCUUUAAAAAAUAGAAAUUGUAAACUCACUAAAUUGUAUCUCGGUGAUAAUGAAAUAACAGAUCAAGGUGUUGAAUAUCUUAGUGAAGCUUUAAAAAGUAAAAAUUGUAAACUUACUAAAUUGUAUCUCGGUCCUAAUGAAAUAACAGAUCAAGGUGUUGAAUAUCUUAGUGAAGCUUUAAAAAGUAAACAUUGUAAACUUAUUAAAUUGUAUCUCGAUGGUAAUGAAAUAACAAAUCAAGGUGUUGAAUAUCUUAGUGAAGCUUUAAAAAGUAAAAAUUGUAAACUUACUGAAUUGGAUCUCCGUCGUAAUAAAAUAACAGAUCAAGGUUUUGGAUAUCUUAGUCAAACUUCAAGCAAAAGGUAAAAAUUGCAAAUUAUAUAAUUUUAGAACUUAUUUAUUUGAACUUCAGUGUCAUUUAAAUAACAUGCAGAACAAAGCUUUUAGUUGAUGCUUUAAGAAGUAAAAAUUGUGAAUUCACUAGGUUGUAUGUUAGAGAAUGGGUUCCUGAAAGAUUCGGAGCUUAAGAUUACAACUUCUAAAGAAUUGAGUCACGUAGCAGAGAAGUAAAAUAUAUUUUAUAUUGAUUCUUAUUGUUUAGACUGGCUUUCGUAAAGUGGCUAUAACCCACAAUGAUUAUGUUCUGUUAUGUUGUAUUGAUUGCAUAUCAUAUGUUGGUCACAUGACAAAAAAUUUGUUGAUUUGAACGAUUUUAUUUAAAGUUAUCCGGAAUUUUAUCCAUGAGGAUAUUAUGGUGUAUAAUUAAGUUUUUGAGAGGCGGAAAAUAUAGUUGAUUCAGUGUUUUACAGCUAUAACGAGACUAACGAGUACAUUGAAAUUCCUCCUGUUACAUCAUUGAAGUUGCAAAACCUUUAACUCAAGAAUUUAUCAUUCGAGUUAAGAGAUAUCUAAAUAUUAGUGUAUUUACCUGAUAUUGACUCUGAAAUGAUUGACUAAUCAUGGGUGAUAGCCACUUUAAACUUCAAUCGCAUAAGCCGGGAGUUGGGAACUUGUCCCUAUACAGAGCUCUCACUCCAUGGUGAUCCCACGUAGUUAACAAACCCACUGCUUUACUUGAUUUCUGAAUACUAAUAACGGUAUUGACAACUUUUUGAAUUCCGGGUAUUAAUAUUGAAACUGGAAUAUUUAUAAUGAGAAAAUAUUUUUAAAUCUGUCACAUUCCUUACGAAUCAAAUCGUUAAGUGUUUAAAUUGGUUAUAGUACAAAGCAAAUAUCUUCUAUUGAGUUUGUUUAGAUCGUUUUAAUAUAAACACGUGAUAAUGAGACGGCCAUAUUGUCGUGUGACGUCAUCAAUUAUUCACUAGCAAAUUUCAGAAGGAACCGUCAAAGGCCACUAAUAACCAAUUUGUCUCUAGGCAAUAUUUUUUUCAAUCACCAGAAACUUUAAGAACGUCUUCUAGCAUGUCAGCAACACCACUGUAGAUUUGCUAUAGUUACACCAAUAUGACCGUCGUUGGCUUCAUUUAUGCAUGUGGUGCUCUAUCCAGGAUAAUUUUGAGAUCAGCGGUAUUGACUCAAGUUGUAAAAUAGUGUAUGCAUUGGUAAUUUAAUAGCAUAAUUCAUGCCAUAAGCAAGGACGUCGCGAAUUAGGGGAUGUAACACUUACGUGGAUUUUUAUUCUAAAAUUUUACUUGAAAUUUGAAUAAAAAUGCAUGUGGUGUUUCUGAAUGAUAACUUAUACAAAAAAAAUUCGAAAGAAGCGCAAUUCAAUCAUUUACAAUUUCGUUUCAGAAAAUACUAAAAAUACACUAUUAGAGUUUCGAAAAUUAUUUAAAAAAUCCUUAAGGUCCUACACCCAGCCACCGGUAGACCGUUUCCACACCUGUGGUUUGUUUCAUACUAGUGUCUGCUUUUAAAUUCGUACAAGACGUUUCAUAGUCGACAUUUUUCCGUCUGACUGACAGAUGAAUUGUGCAUUUUCAUACGACAUACUGUCGCCCAGUCGAAACAAAUUUGUUAUGUCUUUAAAUUAGAUUCUGUUUAAGAGUAUUAUGAAACCUAUGCAUGUCUAGCAAGGCAUUGCUUUUACGUUUAAAGUGAAAUAGAGCUUUGCUCAACGAAUUUAAGAGCAAAUUUGUGUGACUUUUGAAUCCAAAGUAUGAACCAGGCCUCUGAAACGUAAUUGCAAUGUCAAUGAUAUAAUUGUCAAUGAAAAUUUAUGUGUGUUGCACUACAUGACUGCGUACGUGAAGUAAAUCCUCUAUUAAGCCCCAAUUUAUUUAUGGCACGUUUGAGGGGAUGUUUAUUGGAGAGGGAGGAAUAAUAGGAAAGGGGACUUAGGGAGCCGUCAUAAAGUAAGUGCUACCCUGGGGUGGAGGAUAUUUUUUAUUUUGUUAACAAAGUUUCAUACCCCCCCCCCAAAAAAAAAAAAAAAUUGUCGGAUAAUAUUUGGUAGCCCAUCAAGAUAACGGUCUCAAUGUUUCGUACGUACCCCAUCAUAAAACGACAAGUUUAAGAAUGAUUACACUGUGUAUUAAAUAUGCUGUGCAAUAGUCUCUCUUACAGUCGUUCUUUGAAUAUUUGUGUCAUCGUGUACUUAUCCCCACGAGCCCAUGAAGAGGAAUAAAAUCACAACACAAAGAGCAACUGCAAGGGAGAGUACUUGAGCAAUAGUCAAAUCUUUUAUGAGACAAAGAUGCCGUGAUGUAUGAAAAAUUAUUUGGACCAUGAACGGAGCCGUAAUAAUAAACUGUAUUAACACUUGACAAUUUUUGUAUUGAAACAAACACAUUUUAUUUCCUCACCUUGAUACCUGAAAAAAAUUUCAUACCCCAUCCCAAUAUCCUCCGCUCAGGGGUAGCACUUGCUUUAUGAUCGCUCCCUUAUUGAUCGUGAUUUAGAUAUCUAAACGUGAUAACCUAAAAUCUAAUAUAAACGUCCAGGAUGAUUUCUUUAAAUCUAUUCGGUAAACAUGUGUUUGUAUAUGAAGGGGAUGGGGGGGGGG